CGUCUUCUAUACCCCUUCAGGUACCCUGAAGGUCCUCCAGAGUAGAAUUUAUCUCCGGCAAAGCGUUGUUGAUCCGCUUAAUUUGUCUCGAGACAUAUUCACCCAGUGAAGUGCUGAUAAAUGUAGAAUGUUGAAUCUGUGAUAAUUGUCGACGAUGGAGAGAGAGGCUGAUAGCCGCUGUCGCAGGGAGAGCGAAGCUGCUGGAAGUAACAACGGGGAGCCCGUUUGUAUCACCUGAACAACCGGACUUCAAAGCAGCUUGACCAAUGCCUCGUUGCUUGUCGUGAAUAUUACACCGAUAUGAAUUACUACAAGUAUAUUGGCUUUCAAUAUCAAAUAAACUUUGGAUCCUGCCUCAGCUCCAUCUACAGAAUCUGAUUCGAAGGAGAUCGUAAUUCAGCCGUUAUCCACAGAUGGCCUACCGGUAUGUAUCGAGAACUGUACAUGAAGAGUUAUGAUGAGACCAAACCAUCCACCUAUCUCCAGUAUUUAGAUGCCAAUAAUCUUUAUGGCUGGGCGAUGUCACAGCAUCUACCAGUAUCGCACUUUGAGUGGUGCCCACCGACACGCGAGCUCCUGGAUAGCAUCCUCACUCAAGCGGACGAUGCCUCGCUAGGCUACAUGAUUGAAUGCGAUCUCACCGUACCAGAUCACUUGCACGACCUGCUCAACGACUACCCACCAGCACCGGAGAAGAUGACCAUCAGCGAGGAGAUGCUCUCCCCAUACCAACGCGACCUGAUGAAGAGUAUGUCGAUCACCGGACUAUCCUCACCUAAACUGGUCCCUCAUCUCAUGCGCAAGCAACGGUAUGUGCUCCACUAUCGCAACCUACAGCUUUAUUCCAAACUUGGACUAACCAUCGACUGUGUACACCGUGUACUACGCUUCAAGCAGGAAGCUUGGAUGAAGCCGUACAUCGAGCUAAACACAGAGCUUCGCAAACAAGCUGCCAACGACUUUGAAAGAGACUAUUUCAAGCUGAUGAACAAUGCCGUAUUUGGCAAAACUAUGGAGAAUGUGCGAAGGAGAGUGAACAUCCGCUUGCUGCGAGCAGACGAUGAUGAGGACAGGAUCCUCACAGCCGUAGCCAAGCCGACGUAUGUUAGACACGUCAUGUUUGACAAUGACCUCGUCGGCGUUGAAAACAGAAAAAUCCGCGUCUCCCUCAACAAGCCCGUGUACAUCGGAAUGAGUGUACUAGAUCUCAGCAAGGAGUUGAUGUAUCGCUACUACUAUUUCAAUCACAAGUCUCACUAUGCCGAGCGUGUGCGACUGCUGUACACCGAUACGGAUUCCCUCAUCCUCCAGUUGGAAACGGAUGACUUGUACGCGGACAUGAUGAGCGACUUGGAUGCGUACGACACCAGCAACUACCCCACAGAUCACCCGCUAUACAGCCAGGUGAAUAAGAAGAAAGUAGGUAAAUUUAAAGACGAGCUAGGCGGAAAAAUGAUGAGUGAAUUCGUAGCUUUACGCUCCAAGAUUUACUCAUACAACGGUGAGGAAAGCGGACAGCGGGCCAAGGGCGUCAAAAGAAGCGUGACGAAGAAGUUCACCAUCCGCGACUACGAGCGUUGUCUAACAGAAAGACGCACCUCUGCUCACCCUAUGACUGCGCUGAGAAGCCACGAUCAUCGCAUCUUCACCGAAACAGUUACGAAGACCUCACUCUCGCCAUUCGACAGUAAAAGAUACAUUCAGCCCGAUGGUGUAUCCACGCUGGCAUACGGUCAUCGCCGCAUUGAACCCUCGCACGCGUUACAGUAAACAAUGAACUGAGCAUUGAGAUUUUGACUUGAUUUUCAUACAGCUAUAGCCAUACAUAUUGAGAUAGUGAUGAUGAUGCAAUGAAUCUCCAUGUUAGAAUAUCCAAUGAAUUAUUUGUUAGAAUAAUCAGCAAGUAGUUUUCUUUAGAGUUUUUCCCAUUGAUUGGUGCUGAUCCAUGUGUUGAACUUAUCCGGAUAGCCUUUCCACUUGACAUUCUUUUCAGCGUGCGU